CAAUUCAAAAACUGGAAAACAGCCAAGGGACAACAGCAAAGAUCAACUCAAAGAAGGUUGUUUCAUUUGUUUGUUUGUUCGUUUGGCAGUGGCGAAAAGAGUUGUAGUAGGGUGGCGACUAGAAGAGACCCAGAAGAGGAGGAGACGCGAGGAAGCCGUCUUCGGGUGUUCCUUUCGUCUUUUUUUGCCAGCCUCGGCGGAGUUUUAAGCCAGGUCGUAGAAAAAGAAGUAGAAGAAGGACAGGAGAUGGCUUCUACAGCGGUUGUUCCUCAGCGUGAAACCAAUGAAGAAGUGAAGCAGAAAAAUGCAAGAGCAGAUGGAAGGAACCGAAGAGUUCUUCAAGACAUUGGCAAUUUUGUGGAUGAACGAGCGCCACAAGGAAAGAAAUCAAUCACUGAAGGAAUUGCUGUUGCACAAGCAGUGAAAGGAGCCCAAAGGAAGGCAGCUGACAAGGCCGAGAAACCGAAACCCGAGGAUGUGAUAGUUAUAAGCUCUGAUGAAAAAAGUGAGAGAAGCAAACAUGUUAGCAAAAUACAAGGAUCUUCAAGGAAGCAAGUCAAAACCCUCACUUCAAUCCUCUCUGCUCGAAGCAAGGCUGUUUGUGGGCUUAUCAAUAGGCUUAAUGUUUCUAUUGAGGACAUUGAUGGAGCAGAUGCUGGAAAUGAGUUGGCUGUCACUGAGUAUGUUGAUGAUAUCUACAAGUUCUACAAGCUGACGGAAGAUGAAGGCCGAGUACGUGACUAUAUGGAUUUGCAGCCAGAUAUCAAUGCCAAGAUGAGAUCAAUCCUUGUCGACUGGUUGAUCGAAGUCCAUCGCAAAUUUGAGCUUAUGCCAGAAACAAUGUAUCUUACCAUGAAUAUUGUUGAUCGAUUUCUUUCAAUGAAGGUUGUACAAAGAAAGGAACUGCAAUUGGUAGGCAUUAGUGCAAUGCUCAUAGCAUGCAAGUAUGAAGAGAUUUGGGCACCAGAGGUCAAUGACUUUGUUUUCAUAUCAGACAAUGCUUAUGCUAGGGAGCAGGUAUUGGUCAUGGAGAAAACAAUUUUGAAUAAGUUAGAAUGGUACCUAACGGUUCCUACACCGUAUGUGUUCCUCGUCCGGUUCAUCAAAGCCUCUAUUCCAUCUGAUGAUAAGAUUGAGAAUUUGGCAUUUUACCUUGCUGAGCUUGGUCUGAUGCAAUACCCAACAGCAGUUAUGUAUUGUCCGUCAAUGUUAGCUGCUGCCGCGGUGUAUGCUGCGAGAUGCACUCUUGGGAAAAUCCCUCCGUGGAGUGAAACUCUGAUGCACCACACAGGCUACUCGGAAAACCAGCUAAUGGACUGUGCAAAACUCUUGGUUAAGUUCCACUUGACAGCUGCGGAAAGUAAACUCAAGGCAUUGUAUCGGAAAUUCUCAAGUCCGGAUCGCAAUGCCGUGGCGCUUCUUACACCAGCAAGAAGCCUUCUGCCGAUGCCAAUCCAUCAUGGAGAGUGAUUUACUAGGUUUUGAAGUAGGAUUGAUUCGAUCAUGAUUCUUUUAUGAUCUUUUGAAGUAGGAUUUGACUCAAGUGUGAU